GCUUUUACUGAGGAAAAUUGUGAGAAGUGGUGUCAUGUCAACUUUACUGCUGACAUCGAAUCCGUUUGUGGGACAUUAUUUCUUCUUUCCCCUGUAAGUGCCCUCUGGUUUGUUGUCAUGUUUUGUUGGAUUGCGGACAGUGAUAGUUUGCCAGAGCGUCAGGCGUCGCCAAAGAUUUCCCUCCGUAGUAUCGGUCAAGUGGAACGUCGGCGUUCUUUAUUCAGUCCUCAUUGUAGCUCCAUAUACAUUCGUACUAGUCACAAUGAAAUUUUCGGUCCUUUUGAGUUUACUCGGGGUGGUUCGACUGAUUUUAUAGAAAAACUUCGCCGAUAUGUUGACCUUCUUCAGACCAAAACUUAUGGGUUUCCUAGCUUCUCCAGUUCUCCUAUAUCUGUGUUUCAUGGCUUGGGCACACGAAUAAUGGGUGCCUUCGGGGGUCUACGAGCGCCGAAUGGCGCAGGGGUUUACGAUGGUACUUCUUGGCAUCGCUCUCCCAACACCGAGGAAUCUCCCGAAUCUGACUUAGUUGUACAGCGCAUCAUGAUGAACCACAUCUGUGCUGACCGACUGCGCCUCAAUGAGCCCUCCGAGUAUCAACUCAUCUCACAUGCUCCCCUCCCUAUCAGAAUCCCAGAUCUCAAACCAGUACCACGCAGGCGUCCAGUUUCUCUGGAAAUGUGGCAGCGCUACCUCGAUCGUGACGGUCGUGUAACUAUGGCGGAGAAACUACAGACAUUCAUCUAUAAUGGGGGGAUUGAACCGGAUCUCAGGCCCCUUGCAUGGAAGUAUCUUUUUGGAUAUCUAAAAUGGGAUUUCACAAAGGAGGAAAAUGCUAAGAGAGUUCAGGAUAAGCACCAACACUAUCAAAUCAUGAAGACAUUUUGGCGAUCCAUGUCUCCAAAGCAAGUAAAAAAUUCCCGUGUCUUUAGAGAACGUAGGAGCAUUAUAGACAAGGAUACCUCUCGGACAGACCGGCAAACGGAUCUCUUUAGAGACAAUUCGGCUGGAGCUCUCACUCGUCUUUACAACAUACUCAUGACCUACACCUUCUAUAACCCUGAUCUGGGGUAUUGUCAAGGAAUGAACGACUUGUUGGCGGUUAUAAUGUCUGUCAUUGAUAGCGAGGAGGACGCCUUUUGGUGCUUUGCUGGACUUCUCGAUCGUGUUUCUGGUCAUUUUUCCAAUGAUUCAUCAAGUCUGUCCAGUCAGUUCAUUGGCCUCUUCAAACUAAUCGAAAUCCUUAUGCCCACUUUUGCGCAGUUCUUGCGUGAAAAGGAGGCAACGUCGAUGAGCUUCUGCUUUAGGUGGUUCCUCAUCAUCUUUAAGCGCGAAUUCUCCUACGAUGAUGUCAAAAUCUUAUGGGAGACACUUUUCAGUGGUGCAGCUCCAAAGAACUUCAAACUGCUUAUCGCAGUCGCCAUUUUUGACUCCGAGGCUGACACUAUAAUUCGGAACUGCUCAGACAUCAGCCAAAUUCUUCAGCACAUCCAUGGACUAAGUGAGCGAAUAAACCUCCAGAACGUAUUGAGUCGCGCCCAGGGCAUCUAUCAUCAGUUGUUGGAGGUGAAGGAUCGUUUGCCUAAUGAAGUCGCUGUAUGUCUUGGUUUUGCACCGCCUGCCGAUACCAGUGCAGACGUUGCUGUCUCUACCCCGAGUGAUGCUUGUCUUAACAAAGAGGAGGAGUUCCCCCCUGUGACAGAAGCCUGUGAAUUUGGUCUCGAAUUCACUACCGCUUCUCCCUCUUCCUCAUCUUUCCACUCUGAUCUGGAGGUGGGGGGGGACAUCGUUAUGUCGGGGCGAUGUGUAGUCAACUCGACUACAACAGAGGGUAGUGACAGUCUCGCAUAG